UCGAAAUGGAGUAGUAGUAGGUUCAAAGAUCCGAGUUUGGAAUAUAGUUAAUUCUCUUUCUUCUCUUUAUCUUUCAACACUCACUGCAACAGAUCUCUACACAUUCAUUCACAGUUCAUACGGCGGAAGAAAGGAUAAUUUGAUGGAGGGCUUGACGAUUGCACAAAUCAAAUUGAAACCGAUACACUCUUUCUCUAGGCAACAUAAUAAUACGAUCAACAUUCCUUCACUCGGUCCGAAAGUUACGAGGAAAGUGUUGUUUAAUCCAGCUAGGGUUAUGAGAAUUCCAAAAUCAUUUAAUUCAGUUUCUGCUUCUGUUCAACCAUUGGAGGCGGGCCGUUUUGACAACACCUUACCUUCCAAAGAGGUGCUCGAGGUGUGGGGAAAUGCCGAUGCUGUAUGCUUUGAUGUGGAUAGUACAGUGUGCUUGGACGAGGGGAUUGAUGAGCUGGCAGAGUUUUGUGGAGCUGGACAGGCUGUCGCCGAAUGGACUGCAAGGGCAAUGAAUGGUUCAGUUCCUUUCGAGCAAGCCUUAGCCGCAAGAUUAUCUCUAUUUAAUCCAUCUCUUUCCCAGGUGCAGGAGUUCCUUGAGAAGAGACCUCCGAGACUUUCUCCGGGAAUUGAUUUAUUGGUUAAUAAGCUGAAGGAGAAGAACAAGAUAGUGUAUCUGGUUUCUGGAGGUUUUCGUCAAAUGAUAAAUCCCAUUGCAUCAAUUCUUGGUAUACCGCUGGAGAACAUAUAUGCCAAUCAACUUUUAUUCAAAAGCUCUGGGGAUUUCUCGGGAUUCGAUACUAACGAGCCGACUUCAAGAAGUGGAGGGAAAGCCAUUGCCGUUCAACAGAUUAGGAAGGCUAAAGGGUUCAAGUCUUUAGUGAUGAUUGGAGAUGGUGCAACUGAUCUUGAGGCUCGUCAGCCAGGUGGAGCUGACUUGUUCGUAUGCUACGGUGGAGUUCAGCUUCGAGAGCCCGUUGCAGCUAAAGCCGAUUGGCUCGUCUACAAUUUUAAAGACUUGAUCAAUUCGUUGGACUAGGUUUUCUGCCCUGAGUUUCCUCAUUGUUUUUUUUUUCCCUUUCAUUCUUGCAUAAUUUCGUGCAUUUUUUUUUCGUGUAUAAGUUCAGUCUGAUGAGAGUACUGAAUUUGUUUGUUUCGUGCGUAAGUUCGGUCCAUAACAAGGAAUCUAGCUAAUUUGAUUAUUGUCAGAUUUGGCGGCUGUAUCGGAUAAGAAAUAUAGUAAAUUCCUCUUUUGCCCCUGCUCGUUGGA